AUGAGAACAGGCGUUCCCGGCGCCAAGCACAAGUACAGCCUCAUCCUCUUUACCUUUCUAAAUCUCACCGUGCUGGUCCGCAUCUACUGGGCAGGCGAGAUACCGAGCUGUUCCCUCGGACGUUUAUUGAGCUUGCAAGAUUCCGAAAUAUCAAAGGCAGAAGGCGACAUUGACCUGCAACUACAGAAGCCCAAGGCAUCCGGCACCGCUGCUCCGACACUACCGCCUGAGUACUCGACAUUGACCGAGAGCCAACAGAAAUGCGACCUAUUUUUCACAACGUCUUAUCUUGAACACAUCGCCACACACCAACAGCCGUACUGCGACGCGCAAUCUCCAAGUGCUUUUCAAUGCUUCACAGCACCGCGGCUCGUGGUGCCCCCCACCGCAUCGUGGGGGCAGACCGACCCUCUCUGUAUAGCCCAAGGGGUGUCCUUUGAAACAGCGCAAGCUGGGGAGGCUCAAGACACUCAAGCGCAAGAGUUCAAUAUACAAUGCAAGUUGAGGGACAUAGUCGGGGAGAGAGCCAGUUCCGCAGAGGCUGCCAAGGAUCUCGAAGGCUUCCGCGACCAUCCUACAGACUGGGGUUCGUAUUGGGGAGACACAGGCGUCGGCGCGUCACUGAGUACAUGGCGAUUCUCGGAUGAUCGCAACACUACCGGCUGCACUAAAGAGAACAGCAACAACGAGUGGAUAAUGCUCAUGAGGCGGGAUAGCACUAAUACGCACAAUCUCUGGCAUAAGCUAAUGGAGAUCCUGCAAGCGCGUCACAGCUUCGAUGCACUGCGCAGUUCUAUCAACCCUGCUACUGGGACGCCAUGGCUGUCCAAAGAAGACGCCGCAAAUGUCCAACUUGUCUUCGAUGAUGAUCGAGAGGAGUUGCUUGAGCCUCUCUGGGAGAUCGUUACUGGCAAAAAACCCAUCCGCAAGAGCUCACUACGGACCACUUGCUAUGGCAACGUGAUCCUGCCGCUCCCAGGUUGUGGAAGCCCCUUCUGGUCGAGCAUGCUAGAUACCGGCUACCAAGAGCAAUGCCAAUCCCAGACGUUACUGACGACAUUUGCGAAUCGGGUGCUCGAAUUCUAUGGUAUUACACGACGGCCGGUGACAGAGAUCCAUGCGCACCCAAGAAUCACAAUCAUUCAGCGAAAGAAUAACAGGAAAUUUAUGUCUCUGGAUCGAUUAAUACCGAUUCUCGAAGAGCGCUACCCACAUUCCCCCAUCCACGUGGUUGACUUCGCCGACAUGUCCAUCGAACAGCAACUCCAACUGGUUCAAAUCACGGACAUCCUCAUAGGCCAUCACGGUGCGGCAUUAACGCAUAUCAUGUUCAUGUCGCCUGAAUCCACGGUCGUCGAGAUACUGCCGCGGUAUUUCGACCAGCAUGGAUUCCGCGCCACGGCCGCUUUGCGCGGUCUCCAGUACAUCGCGGGAAGGGCCAUGUAUGAAGAGGAAUAUGAAAAUGCGGUGCACGGGAAGCCGCUCCCACAAGACUGGCCGCCUCCCCCUCCGCAGGGUUUCAAUUAUUUGCUGGAGAAGGAGUGGGUUUAUCUGAAGGAUGAGGAUUUCUUAGGCCUGGUCGACGCUGCGGUCAGGAGUCAGUUGAACCGACUUGGUACUGGCGAUGAGCAGGCUAUUCAUCAUGAUAUGCCGGGAGACAUAUAUAGCAGACAGAGUAGAACUGGCCGGAUCCAGGAGAGAGUUUAUAAACGUUUUUGA